AACAUUAUCAACUGUAUGUUCCUGAAUCAGCUCAAGUUGGAUCAGCAGUUGGCAAAAUCAAAGCAAAUGAUGCAGACACUGGUUCAAAUGCAGACAUGAAGUACACAAUUAUAAAUGGUGAUGGCUCUGGGGUGUUCUCUAUAUCUACUGACAAAGAAACAAGGGAAGGAAUUAUUUCCCUGAAGAAGCCACUCAACUAUGAAAAAAAGAAGUCAUAUACACUUAAUAUAGAAGGAGCAAAUACUCACCUUGAUUUCCGCUUUUCGCACUUGGGGCCAUUCAAAGAUGUAACAAUGUUGAAGAUCAUUGUUGGCGAUGUGGAUGAACCUCCGCUCUUCACUAUGCCUUCCUAUGUCAUGGAAGUUUAUGAAAAUGCGAAGAUCGGGACUGCUGUUGGCACAGUAACAGCACAGGAUCCUGACACUGCCAACAGUUUAGUGAGAUAUUUCAUUGAUCAUAACACAGAAGAAGACAGGUAUUUCACCAUUGAUGCUAAUACUGGGACCAUUAAGACUGCCAAGAUCUUUGACAGAGAGGAGACGCCUUGGUACAACAUCACAGUGGCUGCUUCUGAGAUAGACAAUCCUGAGCUAGUGAGCCAUGUUCAAGUUGGUGUUAGAAUCCUGGACAUCAAUGACAACCCUCCAGAGCUUGCCAGAGAGUAUGACGUAGUCGUCUGUGAGAAUGCAAAGCCUGGUCAGGUAACUCUCACAGUUAUCUUUCUCCCAGUGAGAAAGAAGAAUUACUUUAUUUGUUAA